GCUGCCGCCACAUGAGACACUUUGUAAACAGUGUUGCGAACAAUGGAGAUGUCAUCGAACAGUUGUGUGACAUCUAUCCGGCUUGACUCCAUCAAACAAGCGGACAAAGCUCAGGUCCAUUUGUUAUCUUGUGAAAUGGAGCAUGAUGGGCCUGCCGAAGUCUCAAAGUUCUUUACUUCCACUGUGAAGGAGCGUGAACACGAAAUAACUGUGUCAUUCAGAGGCCGAGGACUGAAGGGUCAAACAUUGAACUGCCCAAAAGGACACACAGGACUGGUGCUGAAAGAGGUUAAGAGGCCUGCAUCUGAUCAAGAGGACAGAAUAGUAAAAGUCUCUUCAGUGUUCCAUAAUUUCAAAUACUGGAAUUUGGAGACACCCCCAACAUCUGAUGAUGGAGUUGUGAUGGCAAUGGCAUGGCCUCAGUUAGCAGAAACGAUACAUGGACCAGUGGACGACUGAUCAUUGUUUUAUUAUGGACAUGAUUACUUGACUCUUCGUCUUAAGUACACUGUUACAGUUACACAAAUGUGAAAACAAAACAACUUACUAGGUUGUGGUAUUAACCACCUUUUUUAUUGAACUG